CUCUUGAACAGGAACCACACUGCAGUAGGUCAUCAGUAAGUCAUAUCGAAGCUGUUUCCAUGAGUGGCAAUUGACAGCUAGCCACGGCGGAGAAGAAACAGUUGCUUUUUCCUUGAAAGUUUCCCACAGAGUGAGAUUCUGGUUUACACAAUCACUUACACUUCUUUCUUGCACUCCGUCGCGCGCUCUAAGCUGCACUCAUCGCCAGAAUGGACCACCCUCCGGAAGUCGUCGCAUUACUAGAGAAAUAUCCUGUAUUAAGGAAAGCCUUUGAAACGGGCGUCGAGUCCAACGAUGGCCGUGAAGAGAAACUUCUCUCCUUCAUCCUUUCGCACCCCGACAUUGACAAUCUACGAGGCUCUCCCACAAAAAUACUCUCGGCCAUUGACGAUUUCUCGGCCAAUCAUGACUUCCUUAUCAGCAUUGGUGGCCAUAAGGCGGGGAUUUUAUCCAAUCUGAUUACUGAGGAAAAGCCUCAAACCGCCGUUGAGUUAGGGGGCUACCUGGGAUACUCUGCUAUUUUAUUUGCAGAUGCUAUGCGUCGCAGUAGCCCAUAUCAACAGCUUCGCGUUUUCAGCCUUGAACUAAGCGCCGAAUUUGCUUCUAUCGCUAGAGAGCUAAUCCAGCUUGCAGGGCUGUCUGACAUUGUAACAGUUGUCACCGGCCCCGCAGAAGAGUCUCUUCGCAAACUACAUGCACAAGGCACUUUAACCAGCGUUGAUUUCUUGUUCUUGGACCAUGGUGAGGAUUUGUAUCCUGCUGAUUUUAAAGUCUGCGAGGAGCUAGGCCUCUUGCACAAGGGUACGGUUAUUGCCGCGGACAAUGUUGAACGGCCAGGUGCCCCUGAAUAUCGUAAAUUGGUCAGAAGCCAUUCAAAAUUACAGAGCACCGGGGUGAAAGGGUUAAUCCAACCUGGGGAUUUCGAGGACGAAAUCGAAAUCAGCCGCGUCAUAGCUUGAGCAUGGCUCCAGUGCUACGUUGCUUGAAAGAAUGCAUCAAAUAUGGAGUAGAUAGAAUCCAUACCCUAGGUCUAGGAUGUAGUAUAACGGUUUAUGCCGUUUUGAAUAGUAAUCAGCUACAAUGAUGCUCAAAUUACUCCAUAUUAUGGC